GUAAUAGGGUACUGAUUUAAUAAGGCUAUAUCUCAUCCUAUCGUAUAUUGAUACCUACAAUAAUGUCAACUACCGCUAUUGAAGUGGACAACCAAAACGGCCAUAUAACGGAAGAAGAUAUUAAAUUAAUAUUGGCUAGCUAUAAUCGUUCUAAUGAAGAAAUAAUUAUUGAAAACUACUCCGUGCAAAGCGCUAGUGACAAAAUGUUAGGAUUUCUGGCUGAAUAUUGGAAAGUGAGAGUGCUCUUAUCGAAUAGAAAAGUUUUAUAUUUCUUCAUAAAAGCUAUUUCUAGAUCGAACGCAGCAAAAGCAAACAUGGUGAAAGAAUUGCACCUUUUUGAUAAGGAGGCCUAUUUUUACACCGAGAUUAAGGAGAAGAUUGAAGUACCUGGACUUAAACCGUGGGCUGCGAGAUUGAUAACAGCUUUGGAUGAUGCAAUGGUUUUUGAAGAUUUGAGCUCUAUCCACUAUAAGCUAAGGAAUAAAUUUGAUCGAUUUGACAUGGCUCACACUUUGCAGGCUUUAAAAACGUUAGCCAGAUUUCACGCAUCUUCUAUUAUUUAUGAAGAGAAGAAAAAGGAAGAAACUCCGGGAGGCUACACUAUUAAUGAUGAAUAUGAACAAUCUUUGGACAGAGGUGGAUACACUUCGACAUCAGAUUGGUUUUGUCAGUGCAUGUACGGAGCAUUAGAAGCUAUUAAGUCAUAUUCAAAGUACACUGAAGCAGAUAUUAAUUUGAUCGACAGUCUUUGGCAGGGCGUUUGGAGCACUGCUUUAAGCUUAAGUGAUUUCGCUCCUAAACAGAAGAAUGUAAUUUGCCACCGGGACCUGUGGAAUAAUAACAUCAUGUUUCACUACACUGAGGCCGGGGAGAACCAGCCUGAGCCAGAUGACUGCAUCCUUGUUGAUUUUCAAGCGAUAAGGUAUCAGCCUCCGGCCGGUGAUGUUAUGUUGCUACUCUGCUGCAAUUUAGACCCAACAUUUAGAGAGCAAAAUUUGAGAUUGUUUUUAGAUUUUUACUAUGAAGAACUUGGAAAAAUACUAUGUAACUAUAAUGUCAACAUCGCAUCAAUAAUGUCUAGAGAUGAUUUUUUGCAGUCUGCUGAAGAGCAAAGACAGUGGGGGCUUAUUCUCUGUGCUUGUCUAAUACCACAGUUUUGGUUGGACGAUGACCUCACCACAGAAAUUUUCUCUGAUAAUGCCCAGUUUAAUGAAAUACUGUCCAAAAAUAAAGGAUUGUUUAUAAAAAAGAUGAUGGAGAGUAAUGUAGAUUAUAAACAGAAAGUCAUGGAAAUAUUUGAAGAAAUUGCAGAUAGAUAUUGCUUAUCUAAUCAGUUACAUAGGAACAUUUAACCCAAUAGAUAUUAAAACAAC